AUGCAACACGGCUACGUUAUAAACGGGGCGGAGGGCGGCUUAAUUAUCGACUUUGGCUGCACCACACGACGCUCGGAGUUCGUGGAAGUACAGCUGCCCCACGGCACCGUCACCGAGCUGCUCCUCAGCGGGCAGAUGCGUGUCGCAGAGCCUCAGCAGCGGCCCGUAGCGAGGGACGACUUUGUUAUCCGUUGUUGCCCGCUGCCGGCCGCCUGCUGGUCCGAAGAUCCACACUGGCUCGGGCACCUGUUCAAGGACGAAAUGGGCUGCUACCUAGAUUGCGAGAUACUGUGUACCGCUGUGCUCAGCCAGGAAAUUCUCUAUCUGCAGCGCCAGAAUGACACUCCGCUGUCGCCUGCACAGCUUAAAGAGGUGCACAAGCGUGGCUGCGCUGUACGACACGCGUUGCCGCCCGUUCUCGUUGGAAGCACACCCAUCCCAAGCCCACCCUGGAAUGGGCGCAAAGAGGACGGUGAAGCUUUGUCCUUGCCAUUAGAGCUGCUAACAGAGAUCUUCCAGGCGCUAGAUUCCAUCGAGCGCGUCCGCUGCCGGCGCGUCUGUCCCCUAUGGGACACUCUUCUCACCUCUUCCUACUUUCCCGAUGUGCGCGUCUCCGGCAAGGACGGGCAGUAUGGUCGGCUGCCUGACUGCGAUGAAGGCUUGUUCUGGGUGAUGGCCGGCCUGCAGAAAUGCCUGCGCCCGGCCACCAAGAAGGCGGUGAUCAUGCAGCUGUACGGCAACACGACCCACAACCUUGCCGAGCCGCUAAAUCACACGUUCAACACCAGUCGCCGGCUGCCGACCCUGGUGUUCCAGGAUUGUGAGCUCGGCGGUAACUAUUACUCUGUCCAUGAUGCUAUAGGCUUCGUGGCGGAGGAGGCCGUGCAGUCUGUGUGCAAGCGAAUGGUGUGGAGGGAGUGCCGCAUCAUCACCAGCACGGCGAUCACCAUCGCGCAGAACGCCUUCAGCGAGCGCUCGCGGGUGACAUGGUGGUGCAGCUGUUCGAUUACUUUGAGAAGACGCUGGUCCCCACGCAGCCGCUGGAUGUGCCGGCGCUGGCGGGAUGGAUCGCCAAAGCCGUCGCUGGCCACUUCGAAUACCGUAUUGAUGACGUUUUAAUGAUCCUGAACACCUACCAGAGCCCCGAUCCCCGUCCCACCACGCAGUACCGCGGCCGGAAGUGGACGGUGUCCCACUCGGCCAAUUUGGAUGUCACGACGCUGACCCCACUGACAGUGACGCUUUUGAGGGAUACACUCACGUCGCGUAUGCGUUCUCUUUCUGGAUAGGAACUUGGGGGGCUUCAUUGUUGCGUGCAUUGACUUGUGGUGGUUAGUGUUGGGCAAGUGUUGAAAAGUGUUGCGCUUGUUGUUAGAUAUCCGACAGUUUCCGCUUCUGGGAGUUGUAGUAAGAUGCGGAUUUGAGCUUCUUUUUGUCAUUCAAAUAGUUGCGUUUAUUUUGAAUGGCUGCUGUUGCUUAAAUGGCAGUUACUUAGCAAUUUUGCAUGCUUAUGAAUUUUGUGGAAAGUAGUACUAGUCCCAACGAGGAAGAGGUGCUUCGAACGGAUGGAAUGGCUCCAUCGCACUGAAAUCUGAAUGCGAGUGGUUCUCAACUUCUCAUGAUAAUUUUAAUCGGUCAGAAAAAUUGAGGACAGGUCCAGAUUCCAGAUGCGUGUGGUUGAGCAAACGUCGCCCGGCUCCCGACGCACUUGUACUGUUAUGGAUGUCCCUACAUCGUAAUACUCGUUCAACGUCCAGUCCAAAUAUACCACCGAAAUGCAGCUGCGGGAUCUUUUGGACUAGAAAAAUCUUCCGGCGUGACACCUAGCAAGAUCAUUUUAAAAAGAAACUGCCUUAUUGUGCAGGGUCUUGAAGAAUCUUGAAGGGUGUCGAUCCGCAGGCGGAAGUGGGCACCGAAUUCCAUUGGCGAGGCGGAUGUGGAUGAGCUGAUCGGGCGGACUGCAGCGCGUUUAGCCAAAAAGUGCUGUUUGUUCCAGACUGAAUGUUGUUGAGCGAGCGCUUCGUGGAGUUAUUAUUUAUUUGUUUUAACCUUUCGAUGCUUAUAGUUAAAAUGAGGGUAUCUGCCGCCUGCCGGCGAAAUAUGAAUGCUUAUCCGCGUUGUCAACAUCAUAUCAAAAACUCAUU